AUGACUCAAAGUACUAAAAUUGAAACUACAAAAAAUAUAGAGAUUAAAGAUAUAAAUACAAAUAAAUCAAUUUCUAAACAAUUAUUGAAAAGAAAAUUAAGUGAUUUAAAAGAUUCAGAUCAAUCAACAAUUUUGAAAAAUUUAAAUGAUCGUACUUUAAGUAUUAGUUCUACAGAUUCAGAAGAUCUUGGUGAUAGAUUAGAUCAAAAUUCUUCAUCAUCAUCAUCAGAUGAAGAAGAUGAUCAAGUUGAACAAAAGAGAAAAUUAGAAACUGAUGAAGAAGAACCAUCAUCUAAAAAAUUAAAAAGAUCAGAUUCACAAACUGCAGUAGUGAUAAAAUCUUUUGAUGAACCAUUUUUCAUUGAUAAUAAUUAUCCAAUUCCAAAAUUAAAUGAUUAUGAAGUUCUUAUUGAAAAUAAAUAUAUUGGAUUAAAUCCUGUUGAUUGGAAAGGUAAAAAAUAUAGAUUUGGUGUUUAUUCAUUCCCAUGGAUUCAAGGUCGUGAAUCUUCUGGGGUUGUUCAUCAAUUAGGUCCAAAAGUUGACAACGUUUCAAAAGGUGAUGAAGUAUUUAUUGCAUCAACUUCUUAUAGAGAUCUUAGAACUUCAACUUUCCAAAAUUUUACUAUAUUUGAUUCAAGAUUAAUUUGGAAAUUACCUGAAGUAUUAUCAUUAAAAGAAAGUUGUGCCAUUGGGGUUGGAUUAAUUACUGCAGGUUCAGUUAUUGAAGAAUUAAAUGUUAAUUUAUUUGAUGAUAAAGAUUUUGAUCAAGAAAAAUUAUUGAAAAAAAGAGAUUCUAUAUUAAUUUGGGGUGGUUCAAGUGGUGUUGGAUCUUAUAUUAUUCAAUUAGCUAAAGUUGCAGGUUUUAAAAAAAUUAUAACUGUUGCCUCUGAAAAACAUAAUGAAUUUUUAACAGAUUUAGGUGCUACACAUAUUUUGGAUAGAUUUAAAUCUAAAGAUGAAUUGAUUAAAGAAUUAACUGAUAUUGUUCCUGAAGGUUUACAAAUUGGUGUUGAUGUUGUUGGGAAACAAACUACUGAUAUCGUAUUAGAAUUUUUAAAUAUUAAUAGAUCUAAUCCAAAAGAAUCACCAAAAACUUUUGUUGGUGUUGUUUCUAAACCAUCAAAAGAUAUUGAUGAAUCAUUAUUGGAAAAUAUUGAAUUAAAAGAAGUUUUCAUAAAGAAAUUUCAUGAAAAUGUUAAAUUUGGUGAAGGUUUAGUAUCCAAGACAUGGGAAUUAUUAUCACAAGAAAAAAUUAAACCACAAAGAAAUUUAAAAAUUUAUAAAGGUUUUGAAGGGAUUUUAGAUGGAUUAAAAGAUUUAGAAAAAUUUGGGGCAAGUAAUGAAAAGUAUAUAGUUGAAUUAUAA